CCAAGCCCUGAACUUUGUGGUUGGCCGAGGGCAAGCCCUUCCGGUGACCCACUUCCGUUACUUGCCGCUGGGGACUGAGUUUGGCGGGGUCGGUGAAGGAUCCCAAGAUGGCUGGGCGCAAACUUGCUCUAAAAGCCAUUGACUGGGUAGCUUUUGGGGAGAUCAUACCCCCAAACCAAAAGGCUGUUGCUAACUCUCUGAAGUCUUGGAAUGAGACCCUCAGCUCCAGGUUGGCUGCUCUGUCUGAGAAACCACCAGUGAUCGACUGGGCUUACUACAAGGCCAACGUGGCCAAGGCAGGCUUGGUGGAUGACUUUGAAAAGAAGUUUAACGCCCUGAAAGUUCCUGUGCCAGAGGAUAAAUAUACUGCGCUGGUGGAUGCUGAAGAAAAGGAAGAUGUGAAAAGUUGUGCUGAGUUUGUGGCUCUCUCACAGUCCCGGAUUGUGGAAUAUGAGAAGCAGCUAGAGAAAAUAAAGAACAUGAUUCCAUUUGAGCAGAUGACCAUCGAGGACUUGAAUGAAGUCUUCCCAGAAACCAAAUUAGACAAGAAGAAGUAUCCCUAUUGGCCUCAUCAGCCAAUUGAGAAUUUAUAAAACUGAGUUUUGGAGAAAGCUCUUGCCCUUACAUUACAGACUCUGGAUGUUAAAAAUUAAAAAAAUCUAUAAUUCUGGGUA